AUGGCGGUUUCCGACCAAUUCGCCUCCAUCAUCGAGGCACCGGUUCAGCGGUCAAAUUUUGCGGUGAAACGUCGGAGAAGGCGUAGAAGUAAGACGCCGUCGAAAGAUGAACAUUUGGAGAUCAUUUCAUCAGAAAAUGAGGAAGGAAUGAGAAACGAGAGUCUCUCACAAAAUUACUCCGAAAUAGAACUUGAAACUCAAAUAUCCUAUCUAAGCGAUGAUUCCAGAACAUACCAAGCGGAGAGGAUUUGGGACGAAAGCGUGAUCCGGCAUGCGCUACUGUACAGAGCGGCGCUAAUGGGUAAAUGGGAGGAUGCAGAAGCCAUUUUCAGCCAAGAUUCUGCAGCAAUUGUGUCUAAGAUCAACCUCUUGGAGGAGACCGCUCUCCAUGUCGCCGUCGGCACCGGAAACAAUUUGGAUUUUGUGGAAAAGCUUGUGAAACUUAUGUGUGAACGUUCGCUAUCCCUUGAACUACAAGAUUCACACGGAAAUACUGCACUUGCUAUGGCCGCCAUCGUUGGCAAUGUUGAGGCUGCAAAAAUCUUAGUCAGCAGAAACGAGGAGCUACCUUCGGUGAAGAAUAAGCUCAAUUACUCUCCUCUUCUACUCGCAGCAAAAUAUGGGCACAGGGACAUCAUUUUGUACCUUCUAACCGUAACCAAUGAUGAAGAGGUGUUUACUGCUCAAGCUGGUGCUAGGCUUCUCAACUUUCUCAUUACGUUUGAUUUCUAUGAUAUUGCUCUUGAUAUAUUGUACAGUCAUCCAAUUUUGGCCAUCGAACAAGAUCAUUAUGGGGUGUAUGCUCUACAAAUGAUCGCAGAAAAACCAGACGUGUUUGAGACUGGAACUCAGCUGGGGUUUUGGCAACGCUUACUUAAUCGAUGUUGGUGCGGCAUUGUACGACUGCUUGAUGCUUUCCUGCCCAAGCAAGGCUCAGAUGUGGAAAAUCCUCUUGAAAACUCAAACAAUACAGGGGAGUUGGUCCCAUCAAGUAAAAUCUCUGGGGCUGCUUUACAAUUUCAACGAGAACUACAAUGGUUUAAGGAAGUUGAAAAGUUAGUACAACCUUCAUAUAGAAGUAUGAAAAACAAAGACGGGAAAACACCAAGGAUGAUAUUCAGUGAAAGACAUGAAGGGUUAGUUCAUCAAGGUGAGAAAUGGAUGAAGAUCACUGCUUCAUCAUGCACAGUUGUUGCAGCACUGAUUGCAACAGUGGCAUUCACAGCAAUUUUCACGGUACCUGGUGGCAACGACAACGACCAAGGCAUCCCAAUUUUCCUAUAUAACAAGUCUUUCAUGGUUUUUGCAGCAGCAGAUGCAUUAGCAUUGAUCACUUCCUCUGCUUCAGUAAUGAUGUUUCUAGGAAUACUCACUUCCCGUUACGCAGAAGACGAUUUUCUGAGGGCAUUACCAACAAGAUUAAUUAUUGGUCUCGUCUCGUUGUUCAUCUCUAUAUCUUCCAUGGUGGCAGCCUUUGGUGCAUCCUUUUACCUAGUUCUUGUUCAUCAAAUGAAACUAGUCUGGGUUCCAGUGAUAGUCUUUGCCUUUAUACCUGUUGUCUUAUUUGCUUUGUCGCAGUUUCCUCUUUUGGUUCAAAUGAUUUCUUCCACAUUUGGGCGCAGCAUUUUCGGUUUGCAAAGUAUGGAAGUAUUUCUCUAG